UGCAUACCAUUAUUAGAUUCAGACUUUUGGUAGCUGCAAUUAAAAUUGCCUGCUCAAUGUUAGUUACCGUUAAAAGGACUACCGUAUGAGUCUAUCUUAUUGGUGUCACCUGGGCUCUUUUUAGAUUCCCAAGUAAGUGAAUUCUCCCAUAAGCAAGUGGCACCCCACUGCUUUAGUUGUACUAUCUAGUCAAGUCCAUCAACUUCAAUGCAAGAUAAAGGACUAAAAUAUGUGGGUUUUCUAUAGUUUUGUUUCCUAAGUGCUUCAAUUUUUACUUUUGUUGCAUCUGUUGUUGCUUUUUGCCAUGAAAAUCUUUUAAAGGUUGGAUGGAUCUGUUCUUGAUAUCUUAAACAUCCAUGCUAUCAACCCUUUCUAAAAACUAUCUGCUUCUUGGCUAGCUGUGACUCGAUGCAUUUUUCACUGAUUUUUAUCUUUAAUUCACAGCUUCGAGGGUUUGCAGAUUUGUGAAGUUCUAACAUAUUUGCAUUAUUACCCCUCUGCUCACACACCAUUUACAACAAAAUUUAGUAGAAUAUAAACUGCUUCUUCUCUUAAACUAUUGUCCAACUAGUAUAGUGUUGAUGCAAGUAACAGUACAUACUGGAUUGUACAUGGCUUUUGGUUAUUUGUUGCAUUUAUGUUAGAAUCGUAUAGUGGUUGUACUCAAGAGAAUGCUGUUUCCAUUUUAAGAGCAAAAAUCUUGAAAUUGUUGAUUUUUAUGCUAGCUUUGUAUCUGUUACUUUCUCUAUAAAUUUCCUUCUUUUUAAGCUCCAGGGGUGUGAGUUAAUGUAGCCCAUUUCCAUUGUCGUGGAUGUAUUAGUGAUUGUCAAGCUUUUGUUUCAAAAACAUAUUUGAAGUGCUGAUAUCUGUUCUUCAUCAAGUGAUGGGGCAAUAAUAGGUUCUUGAGCCUGUUUCACAAGGCUGACGGUCGUGUCUACAUGUUUUUUGUUAUUUCUGCUCCUAGUCAAGUUCAUUUUAAAUAUUAGCUAUAGUUUAGUGCUAAUGAGAUCCACAGAUGAUAAUGGCUGCCUGAAUCAAACCCCUGCGCAUGAAAAUCCAGUUAAUGGUGUUGCUAGUUUUGAGUUCAAAAGAGCAAAUGGAAAGAGUUGUACUUCACAAUCUCGAACAACUCUGGGAAAACCUACUCCAUCAAAAUGGGAUGAUGCACAAAAGUGGUUAGUUAAUCUCUCAAGAGGGGGAGAGAAAAACCAAUCUAAAACUGAGCCUCGUUAUUCAAACGCUGAUGAUAGGAGGUUGAUAGCUCCAGUGCCAAUAAAGGAGGAUUAUUCAAGUAGUGAUGAUGAACUAAAAGUAUGUCCAGGCGCUUCGAGUACUAGUUUUGAGGUGGAAACCAAGAAAGUUGACAAUGACGAGUCAGGGUGGAGGUUAAAUAAACCUGAGAAUGCAAUUCCAGUUGUUCGAUCAAUAUGCCUGAGGGACAUGGGGACUGACAUGACACCUAGUGCCAGUCAAGAGCCUUCAAGAGCCGCGACUCCCCUCAGAGUUAUGAAUCCAGCACCACAAAUCCUUAGAGCAUCAAGACUCUUAAUUCCAGCAAGGGGUCAAAAUGGGGUGCAAGCUGUUGAUGAAGGUCAAGUGGGGAUAAAAUCUCUAGAUACAGGAGAAGUGGCUGGACAGAUAAGUUUCAUGCCUAAUAACAAGGCAGACCAAGCUAAGAAGCUGAAUCCUCUAGAAACCCGAGCAAUGGCUUGGGAUGAGGCUGAACGUGCCAGAUGCUUGGCAAGGUUCAAACGAGAAGAAGUGAAGAUACAAGUAUGGGAAAAUCAUGAGAAGAGGAAAGCUGAGAUGGAAAUGAAAAAAAUGGAGGUGAAGGCUGAAAGACUAAAAUCCAGAGCCCAAGAGAGGUACACAAACAAGCUUGCCUCAACGAGGAGAAUUGCAGAGGAGAAGCGUGCAAAUGCCGAGUCUGUUCUAAAUGAACAGGCUGUGCAAACUUCAGAAAGGGCAGAUUAUAUAAGGAGGACAGGUCGUCUACCUUUCUCCUUCUCUUUUAAGCGACCUACUUCCUGCUGGUAGUACUUACUAUAAUGAAUUUCGCAUGUAAUUAGGCAUCAUAAUCUGUAACGCUAUACAUAUCUCCUCCUGAGUUAUAACCUGGGCCGGUGAAUAUUUUGAACGAACUUGUUUCAACGUUGUAUCCUCUUGAAUAAAGUUUGAAGUUGCAUUUGA